GAAUGUCACUCCGUACUGAUCUGACUUCACAACGACUCUACCUGGGCGUUGGUGCACUCGUUGGGGUGGCGGCACUUUAUGCUUCGUAUCGGACCAAACUGUACAUUGAUCGUCUCAGGGGCAAGGUGGCUGAGUUGCAGAAGGAAUUGGAGCGGGAGAUACCGGGUUACGCCCACUCCACUGAAAAAGAGAAGGAGCCGUCUACUCCUGAGGACCAUCACAGGCCAGUUAGAGUGUUCAUGGAUGGCGCCUUCGACCUCAUGCAUUAUGGACAUAUGAAUGCAUUCAGAAUUGCUCGAGGUUUGGGAGACUGCCUUAUUGUAGGAGUUAACUCUAGUGAGACUAUAGCAGAAUGUAAAGGAACCGCGCCGGUUCUUACCGACGACGAACGAUGUGAAGCUGUGAGAGCUUGUGUGUGGGUAGAUGAAGUGAUACCAAAAAGUCCGUACAUUAUGACGCCCGAGUACAUUCAGAAUGUAUUAUUCGAUGAGUAUAAAAUUGAUUAUAUAAUUCAUGGAGAUGACCCGUGCCUCGUAGAUGGUAAGGAUGUGUAUGCGAGCGCUAAAGCGGCUGGAAAAUACAAGAGUAUUCCGAGAACUGAGGGAGUCAGCACCAGUGAUAUCGUGGGUAGAGCGAUGAUCCUUGCUACGAGUCAUCAUAUCAGUUUGAAUGAGGACGAGGACGAUGGGAAAGUUGUGGGCAGGAAACGGGCAUCUAGCGCUACUUUGCAGCUCGACAUGGAACCAUCAGUGAGCUCGGGCUCGCGGUUUUUCCCUACAGAGAGGCUGGUGUCUUGUUUUUCGGCUCGAGUGGAAGCCCAGAAGCCUGGACAGAGAGUUGUGUAUAUUGACGGCGCUUUCGACAUGUUCCAUGCAGGUCAUAUUUCUACUUUGAAGAAAGCCCGUGAGCUCGGUGAUUAUUUGAUUGUCGGUGUCCAUUCUGAUGUUGUGGUUAACAAAAUAAAAGGAGGAGUGUACCCCUGUAUGAAUCUUAAGGAGCGCGUUCUGAGCGUCCUGGGAUGUAAAUAUGUUGACGAUGUUUUGGCAGAUGCUCCGUUUACUCAAACUGAGGAUCUCAUUCUGCAGUUGGGAGUGUCUGUUGUUGUUAAAGGAACAGAGCGGGAUAUUGGAGAGAAAACUAUGAAAAACAUGGACCCUUAUAGAGUUCCGCGGGAAAUGGGAAUUUUGAUGGAAAUUAAAAGUGAAUCUACGUUGACUGUUAGUGGAAUUCUUGAGCGUAUUGAUUCGCAACGGCAUGCUAGGGCCAGGGUGAUAGCGAACAAAAUGGAAAAGGAGAGGGAGUACACUGCGAAUAAACAUAAGGACAGAUUGGUGACAUCGAAUAUUUCCUAGAUCUUAUCACGCUUAUUAGCUUAGCAACUAUCUUCACAGUUGAGGUUUGUUGCUGGUGAAACUGCUGAUUCUUCCUCCGAGAAAAUGCGUAUA